AUGACAUCUUUGAGAUUUGCAAUGGAUGUUAAACUACCCUAUUUGUCUGGUUUUCGGGUCAAGAUGGUGGAUAAAUGGUUCUUGGAUUUUGGGUUGUGGACUGUUGAAGAAUCCAUUUUGAAGUGGAAUGAUUUCCUUAAAGAAAACCAAACUGUUGACAUGUCGUCUUCUUCUUUUUUUCCAUUUGAUGUGUCAGAAAUUCCAUUUGUUCCUCAAUGUUUAUCUAAUCAAGAUUCAGACGAAUCUGAUGAUGUUUCUUGUGAGUUUGACAAGAUCGAGUUUCCGGUAAACAAUAUGAAGUUAAUCGCCUCCUUAUCCUCCCCUCUACUUCCUGGUAAGUUGUAG